UCUCUCACACACACUCUGCAGAGCGAAAAAGAAAGAAGAAAGUUUAGGGUUUCUAAUGGCUUCUUCUUCUUCUUCAAAAAUCCACCUCUUCAAGAAAUCAGCAAUUGGAGCUGGAACCCCUGAAUAUUACUAUCUGGAUCCAUCUGAUAACUUGAUGAAGAUAAAAUCUGCCUGGAGGGUCGUUGAACAUGAAGAUUUUUUUGUUUUGAGUGUCGAUUUGUUUGCUAUUGGAGAUCUAGUUUUGUUUGGGCCAGAGGCAGAAGAAUAUGAAAUUCAAAUUGCUGUUGUUUUAGAAAACAAGAUAAAGGCUGCUCGUUUUAAACACAAGGAUGGGAUGAAGGUCUUUAAAAUUAAGACGAAUCCAAAUAUCAUCAAGAAGAUAAAUGUUGAGGAUGAUACUACUUACAGAGUGCUUCCUGAGGACCCCUCAAAGCUGGUAAUUAGGGUCAUGAUUUUCAAACUCAAGCUGAAGAAUCAGAGCAGUAAGAAUCGCUGAUCUGGAUUAGUAGUACUGAUAAGGGGAAAUGGAAGGUGGUUAGUCUUUUGGUUUUCAAUUUUGUUGCUGCUGCUGUCUUUUGAUGUUUCUUUCUAGUUUUUCAUUUUGUUUUAGGGUUUAUUAAUUUGAUUUCAGUUUUUAGUUUGGGGGUUUUGGAAGUUGUUUAGAGGUUGAUAGUCUGAUGAUCAGAUUGAGCUCAUAAAUGUAAUCAAUCAUCCAAAAAAGUAACAGUAUCUAUCUCUCUUUAAUUUAUAU